GCGAGCGCGGUGACAUGUAGUGUACGCGGUGUGUCUUUAAGAGUAAUGAAGCCCUUCGGGCAGUUGCUCGCCAAGGAAGAGCUCUUCGGCUUGCCCGUCUACAUUGUAUUCGUAAUGUGAGGUGGUUAGAUGCACUCGGAUUACCCAUUGGUGAACUGUGACAGCGGUUAACAUCAAUUGCCGGGCUUUAUUGUCAAAAAGGCUAUAGUAACCAACCAGUCAUAAAAAGUAGGCUACAUAGGCACAAUAACUAUAAAAAUUACAGCGGUCUCACUUAAUUAAUUUUAUUUCAUUUUUGUUCUAACUGGAUCUUUUUCAAGUGGAACAAAAUCCCGUUUAGAGAAUGCUCCAUUGAUAGCAAAGGGUAGGCUAUUAAAAGGGAUUUCGGACGAUGGAAUUCAAUUUUAAAAGAAACUCACCGUGGUUUACAUUGUAGGUGUCCUUCUCAAACUAUUCCAGUAGCGGAAUCAUCACUUAAGUGUAUGACGAUUUUUGCCAAUUCAAUCACCGAGAUUACCUCAGGAUCAGUCAAAAUGGAAUUAAAAAAUGUGCCCUGGUUUCUGAUAUCAUUAAUGCUGGGCGGAUAUACUCAUGGGGCAUCAGACACUAAAACGGAAGCCAGCGUAGAACCCUUUCUCAACCCUUUACUGACUCAGAUGGAGGGAGACAGACAAAACUUGCCAGACGGUCUGAAUAAAUGCAUUGAAAAAAUCAACAGAGCUCAGCCCUACAACAGAACAGGUCCAUACUGUAAUUGGACAUGGGAUGGAUGGUUCUGUUGGGACGACACCCCAGCAGGGACCUUCGCUAGUCAGAACUGCCCUGACUAUGCCGGAUUUGACCCUACUGAAAAAGUGACUAAAUAUUGUGACGAAGCAGGCAAUUGGCUUCAACAUUCUGCCUUUAAUGUAACCUGGUCCAACUGUAUUGUCAUCUCCAAGGAUAAAUUAAAGACAGUGACUCACAGUUCUUCUGAAGCCAUCGCUGAACCCACAGUUGAAGCACUCGUCAGUCCUGUUGUCACACAGAAGGCCGAGGAAAGGAAAAAGAUUAUUGACGGUCAAUAUAAAUGCUUUGAAAAAAUGAACAGAGAUCAGCCUUACAACAAAACAGGUCCAUACUGUAAUCGGACCUGGGACGGAUGGCUAUGUUGGGACGACACGCCAGCAGGGACGUACGCGUACCAGAACUGCCCCAAUUAUUUUGCUGAUUUUGACUCCACGGAAAAAGCCACUAAAUAUUGUGAUGAAUCAGGUAAUUGGUUCCGACACCCUGAGACUAACAGAACAUGGUCCAACUACACACUCUGUACUGCCUACACGCCAGACAAAUUAAAGAUGGCAUACAUACUCUACUAUAUGGCCAUUGUGGGCCAUGCUUUGUCCAUUGCAUCCCUGCUGAUUUCUCUGGCGAUAUUCUUUUACUUCAGGAGCCUUAGUUGUCAAAGGAUUACACUGCACAAGAAUUUGUUUUGCUCCUAUGUACUGAACUCCGCUUUUACCAUUGUGAACCUCAUUGCCGUUGUGAACAACCCUAAAGUUGUGGAAAAAAACCCUGUGGGCUGUAAGGUUCUUCACUUCUUUCACAUGUAUAUGCUGGGGUGUAACUACUUUUGGAUGCUGUGCGAGGGGAUUUACCUGCACACGCUCAUUGUGGUGGCCGUGUUCGCUGAGGAGCAGCACCUGCACUGGUAUUACCUCCUGGGCUGGGGGUUCCCUUUGGUGCCUGCAUCAAUCCAUGCAGUUGCAAGGAAAAAGUAUUUUGAUGACAAUUGCUGGAUGAGUGUGGACACUCAAUUGCUCUACAUUGUCCAUGGACCGAUAAUGGCAGCUUUAUUAGUGAAUUUGUUUUUCCUGCUAAACAUAGUGAGGGUGCUGGUGACCAAGCUUCGGGACACCCACCGGGCAGAGUCCAACAUGUACAUGAAAGCAGUCCGAGCCACACUCAUCCUCAUUCCCUUACUAGGAAUCCAGUUCAUCAUUUUGCCAUGGCGACCAGAAAACAGGCUUAUCGGCGAAAUAUAUGACAUAACAAUGCAUAUGUUAAUGCAUUAUCAGGGCUUGCUGGUGGCAACUAUAUUUUGCUUUUUCAAUGGAGAGGUGCAGUCGGCUCUCAAGAGGCAGUGGAUGCAGUACAAAACGCAGUGGGGCCAGCGCAGGCGGGAGCACUGCUCCAUGCGCUCCACCUCCUACACCGCCACAUCCAUCACGGAGGACCCCACCUUCCUCUACCACCACGACUGCAACAGCGAACACUUGAACGGGAAAUAUUCCGACGACUCGGAAGUGGUCGCGCUAAAGACAGAAGAGACGUACGCCUGAACGAGAAAAAAAAAAAAAUGCGAGCGCGGGAAAGCAAAUGCGGGAGAUUUGCGUUUUUCUUUUUACGAGAAAAAAGAAAAAAAAAAGAUCAAUGGAAAACAAAAACAAACAAAAGAAUCAUGCCGACGCAGAAUCUUCAAAGCCCCACUGCAGAUAUUCACCGGACUGACUCAACAACUGAGUUGUCAUGUUAAUUGUUUGCCGGCAAUGACAUUUUCCUUUCGGCGAGAGCUAAUGGCCGUAUUAUUUUCAUUACAGUGCUGCUGCUUUUAAAAAAAAAAAAAUAGAAGCUACAUUUUUUUUUAAAUGUGGCAAAUCUUAAGCUGCUAGUUCUAGGCCCUCAGAGGCUGAAGAUGAUCGUGUACUAGUAUUGUGGCCGUGAUACCAAAGGGCGUGUCGAUUGGCCGACUGAGACUGAUUCUCCGUCAGAACUGAGCCAAACCCCAAAAUUAAUUCUAAGGUAACAGACUUAUACUGUGCGUCUGCAGGACAAUGAAAAGAAGUCAUGUUCCUCGGUGCCUAAGCUCUUGAGUUGUGUACAUAUUUACUGGUUUUAAUUGCUAAAAUGUAUUACCGGUUGUAUAAAUCUUUAGGCCUCUUCUCACCGUUUUGGGUUGUUCGAAUAUCCGUCGUCUGUUCCAUGAUGUUUCCUACUUGCUUUCCUGUUUGUGCAGCUGUGCAUGUGGUGGUUCUGUCACAUGGGGAGUGCGCAAACACAGAAAAAAAGACACGUUGAAGAAGGCCUGAACUUCAAUCGAUUAGAAUUAGAAUUUUAAAAAAUCCGUCAAAUCUGAAUAGGUCAAAUAACGGAAAUGAAGUAGGGGUGGUUUUUAUGUUGAGUAGGCAUUUGUUUACAGUUUCUGGUCACAGAUUUUAGAGGCUGCUUCAGUGGAACAAUCUUAGAAAGGGUUUGUUGUGUUAUUUUGACGAGCAGAUACCUGUGUAGCCUGGUUGCUUCACUCUCUUGUAUGUUUUCCUUAGUAUUUAUUAUUCUCGUAUGUUUGCACUCAAGUUCUAAAUAAAGUAACUUUACAUAGAGUACAUUUAUGUUAUUAGUAUUGCAAUGUUUUUAUUUUUUAAGCACCGUGCAGAUUAUAGCAUAGUUAUUCAAAGGCAAACAAUGAUUUCAAAUUGUUAAAAUAUGAAAUAAACAUGCAAGGAUCUCUUCUGUUCAGGCCAUCAAUAUGUGUACUCAAAUUCAUUUGUAGAGGACUGGGACCUGUUUUGGUUAUUUUGUGGUUUUUUGUGCUUAUUUUACUUAGUUUGCAAUACUGACAGGUUGAAACUACUUCAAAAGGACCUUACACAAGCUACUUUUCUGUAAUUGUGUCUUGCUGUAUUUGCAUUGUGCACAAUAAGGUCUACACUGGACCAUAGUCUUUGUUUGUGGACAUUGAGUUUACUCUCGAACACUGUAUGUGAAAUGAAUCUUUUUAUCACCUGCAUCAGCUAUUCAGUAUGGCUAUAGUCUUUGUUAUAAGCAUAUUUCAUGAGCUUAAGUACAGACAUUAUUAACGUUAUGACCAGCUUAUAACAACUGACAUAAUGCUAUAAAGCAUAUAUCAUGUACAUUAACAUUAAAGACAUAGCAUCCUGACUCGGAUCAUAUUUAAUUUAGUUGCUAUAAACUGGUUAUAAGAUAUGUAUCUAUGCUUAUGACAGUGGAAAUGAUGCAUUAUCACUUACUGUGGUAUUAUGGAUGAUACCAGCUUUUCAAAAGCACAGCUAGUAUAAUAUUAGUCCAUAGCAGUGAAACACAUUGCAAGUUUCAGUGUUGAUUUGCAUUGAUAUUUUGUCUUGCCAGGGCUACUGUCUAUGCUUAUUAUUAGCUUGUAAAGGAGCAUAUUUAUGUGGUCACACAUCAAGAUUUUUGAUUGUGAUGUGAAGUUUCCUUUUAGCUCAAGAUCCAGUUGUGCAAAGCCAUUGCAAAUCACACAGUGAAACUAUAAUUUUCUUUCUGAGAUGCUGUCAUUGCAAAAUAAUCCCAUACUAAAGGAGACAAGAUGUGGCCUGUCCAUUUUUAUCCAGGCUUAUGUAUAUGGGAAAUGUCAUUUUUAGCCAUGUGACCUCUCAGUUACCUUGUUCUCAUUCUUGCGUAAGAUGUUCCCUGUUUUCUGAAAUGUGCUGGUUGGCAGUAAUGAGAAUACCAAGGCCUCUGACUUGCACAACGUCUGUGGAUGAAAAAUGCAAGUUUGUUGAGACUCAAUCACAUCUUUUUAUACAACAGCAUUCCCCUACUUGUAAAUCACUAUAAGAUGAAAACUGAACUUCCAAAAUGAUUUGUAAAAAAGAAAUAAACAGAAUGUGGGGACAUUCUGAAUUUUUAGUGAGGACGGAUUUAAAGCUGUGCUAUUGUUAGCCAUGUAAUCUUUAAGAACACACGAAAAUCACUAGUUAAAACACAGAAAAAAGCUUAUUCUGUAGAGCUAAAAUAGUCAUUUCUGUUCAUGCACAGUACAAUGCUCAGUGUUAAUUUAUCUGUAACAUAAUUUAUAUUGUCCUAAUAUGUAAGACCAAGUCCUAGUCUAACAUUGUUUUAAUUUAUUUCAGAGAAUAACAUUUGAAGCUUUUGAAUAGAUACAGGGCUCAAGAGGCUUAGUGUACUUAUGCUUCAAUGUUGUUGCUUAUCAGAUUUAAGGGCACAGACAAUGAUUGUGAUAGUAUUGACAUUAAACUGACAGGUUUUAUUAACUGUGAAUGGAAAUAUUUGCUUAUGAACUGUUUACUAGUAGUCUUCUGACAGACAUUAAUGAAGACCAAGACAAAGACCAAUAAAGAACAAUGAAGACAAUGAGUUAGCUAUUUUGAUUUAUUUUUGCAAGAAAAUAAAGCCAAUAUUGAGCUAGUUCAUAGUAGAGCUAAACCCCUCAGCCACUAAUAGAAUAUGUGUGGUUCCAUACCAACCCAUUAUUCAGUUUCUGGUUAGAUACAGGUUAAUGCCAAAAUGGAACCAUAAAUUGUGUCUAAUAAUAUUCCUGGAGAUGGCUCUCAUAUUUAUUCAAUGUUCAUUACUCGAUACAUUCAGGCAACAGACAUUCUUUGUUUUUCAACAAUUUCACAAAUAGUUCCUAUUUUGCCUUCUACAAUAUAAAUUUGGCAUUUACCAUUUUUUAAAAAAGAAAAAAAAUCACUAUCUCACAUACUAGAAAAAUAGAAAACAUCAGCAGGUUGCAUUUCUUGUUUUUCUAAUAACUCAUCCAUACGGAUUAUAUAUUUGUUGUUUGAGAACAAGCAUUUUUUUAUUAUGUAAUUUCCUUACUCAUUUUCACAUGGUUCAUGCUGCAUCUCAUUAGUUUUAGGGGCUUGUGCAAAUGUAAAAAAAUCGGUCAGUAGGCUUUUGAUGUAUAGAUAAUUUAGAGCUAAUAUGCAGCGUGAUUAUAGAUGUGCAUACAUUCCAUUUCAUUUCCCGAGGACUGAGAAUGCCUCUGUCAUUCAUAACAAAUUGUGAUCAUGGCAACACACUGGGCUGAAUAUACUGCUUGUAGUUUUGAUUUUAUAAAUUCAUGAAGCAGUCUUUUUUCAUGAGUAGAUAUGCCCACACAGGACAUUAUCUUUUAAUGUUGUUCUCACACAACAAUUGUGAUUAUUCUUACAGCUGUCAUGUACAGAUUUAAAUAAUAAACAUUGCAGAGUAAGACCUAGACCUCUAGUCUGGAAUCAAUGGCCACGUACCCAGUUUUUGGGAGAGGCUACUGAAUUCAGUAACGAGCUCUAUCGGCAACAUAUCGUUCCCAUAAUAGAUGUGCUGUCAACAUAUUCAUCCCAUUAAUAAAUGAUCUUGUAAUUACA